UUUCGCACCACUGUACGGGCGCUGCUAAUUCAACUUAUACAGGAUGUCGAGGCGCAACCCGGACGGUAUUUUUCCCAGCUGGCAUACGCCAACCUGUUUCGUUCAUCAUGUCCAUCGCAAUGCCCAUUGGCUCGAUCCUUGCAGCUCUACUGGUCCUUCUCCCACUGCCUGGUCACUGGCGUGCGCGUAACGUUCCCACCAUCUCAAUAAUUGCUUGGCUAUUCGUCAUUAAUGUUGCCCAUGCCGUCAACACGAUUGCUUGGGCUCAUAAUGUUGACUUGAAGCUCCUCGUCUGGUGUGACAUUGGUACGUUUCAGGGUGUCGAGGAGAGCUUGGGCUUACGACCUGCUGCAGUCAUUAGGGUCGAGCUCGGAGGGAAUGUGGCGCUUCCUGCUGCCUGUUUCUGUUUAUGCAUGCAUCUUGAACGUGUGGCGUCCAUCCGCAUGGUUCAGAUUACCGCAGAAGACAAGCGUCGACGUAUGAUUAUUGACCUUCUCAUUUGCUGGGGUAUGCCGUUCGUGUACAUGGGACUAUGGUACAUCGUACAAGGCCAUCGUUUCGACAUUGUAGAAAACUUUGGUUGCAGGGGCGAGGACUAUGUAUCCGUGCCUCAGUUCUGUCUCGUCUGGCUGCCACCCAUUUUUCUUGCCCUUGGAACUUUUGUAUUCGCAGGUCUGUCUUUCAUGCACUUCUUCCGUAGGCGAGCUUCGUUUGCAAGACACCUCGCUUCCUCGAGCGGCCUUAAUCCCAGUCGAUACCUCCGCCUCAUGUCGAUGUCUGUCGUUGAGAUGUUCUGGUCACUCAUUGUUGUCGGUAUCACUUGCUGGUUCAACUACCGAACGGGUAUGCGUCCUUGGACAAACUGGGAUGACGUUCAUUUCAACUUCUCUCGCAUCGACCGCUACCCUACUGCUAUUAUCCCCCAAGCGUCCCUCAAAUGGACUUACUUCGUAUGGUGGACACUUCCGAUUUCCACUUACAUUUUCGUGUUGUUCUUCGCCUUCGGCCAGGAUGCCAUGAAGGAAUAUCGAUCAUGGUUCCAAUACCUUGCUCGUCCCUUCCGCAAGCUAAUUCCUUAUAGACGUACCUCAGAAAAGUCGAGUCUGAACGACGAACUGCCCGUCUACAGCCCUCCGCCACAUUUGGACACUUUUAAGUCCGAUAUCUCAAAGUCAGAGAACUCAGUCACAACUGCUACAACCUUGACCGAAUUCAUCGACACAACCCUCGCCAAAGACACGCAAUCUCCACAGGACUCCGUCUUAUCUUACUACGCUCACCGACAGUCACAUGUCCCGGAAUAUAUGUCUUCGCCUACUGAUUCCGACUAUACGCUUCGGGGUUCAAUCUCUUCUCAGAUUCCUCUAUCUUCUACUAUUGCUUCACCCGCUCCCGCCGCACUCCUUACCACCAAUCCCCCUAAACUUUCUUCUCGGUUUUCUGAUGCGUCGGCCAUCGUCUGAACUGGUUUCAACUUGCUAUUUUCUCAUCGUCAUUCUCUGAGCCCUCGUAAAUACUCUGUAGCAUAUGUAGCAUAUCUGUCAUUCUCCGUUUCGAUUGCUAUUGUAUAAUAAUGUCUGUAGCCGUACCAUUGAUUCCGAUGCACCUGAAACAAACUGAUACUCUAUUGUAUGAAGGAAUAAUUCCGUUCUUUUUUUU